AGAUACUGAAUGGUUUUCUCGACCGUCGGAAGUUAGUGAAGCUUUAUUCCAGGCAGCUUCCGAAGUAGCUUCAGUACACAGUUGUAUCAGUGUAUCUCAGCACUCACUUAUAGGUAGUACAUCUGUCGGGUCUCAGUGCUCUGUUUUACCUCCUGAACAAGGGACUGAAGAAGAGACUGUUUCGUCUGAUACAGAUGAUGAACUGAAAAUCCCCAAAGACUUUGAUAGUUAUGAUGCUCUUUGUUCAUAUAUGGCACGGAAGACCCAAGAAGUUCAGGAGCCAGAAACCAAUUUAACUGAUAAAGGUCAAGUUUCAGUUUCAGCUUCAUCUGAUACAAGUGAUGAAUGUAUGACUCCUAAAAGACAUGACAGUUUUGAUGAUUCUUGUUCAUAUGUGCAGUAUUGGAAACAGAAAGCUUUACAGCAGUCAGAAAAAUAUUUAACCAGUAAAGAUCAUGAUUCUCAUUCAGAUUCAUCUGACACAAUUGAUAAAAAUAAAAUUCCCGAGGGAAGUGACAAUUUUAGUGCCUCUUUUUCAUCUAUGCCAUGGAACAAACAGGAAACGUCACAGCAUCCAGAAACCAGUGUGAUCAGUAAGGACCAUGUUUGUUUUCCACAUGAAGUUGCUCCUCAUUUUAAUAACAAAAUGUCACAUUUUUUCUGGCGUUGUCUGUUGGAAAGAAGAGGAAAGGGCGUUCCCUUGGCAGCUAAUAGUCAUGGUUUUGAGAGUGUUUAUUUAAGGGCUCCAGCUGAGAAUGAGAUGAAAAUGAUGGAUUCUUUGGAGGGGUAUGCAAGAAGUGAAGAAGGUCAGGGGAAAGAACUAUCUCAAGGUUUUGAACUAAAGGAGAGGAGAAGUACUUUAGUAUUUUCAGACGUACCUCCCAGAUCUUCAGAAAUACAGAAUAUUGAGAAUGUUGUAGUUCCUGAUAAUUCUAUACAAGUUUCAGAAAUACAUAUACACUCUAGGGGACCAGAUACCUCUAAGGUGGCGGUUCCUGGUGCUCCUCUUCAGACUCUUAAAUCCAACUUGGAUGAGACAUCAGAACAACUGUAUUUUCAAGGGGAAAGAGACCAAAAGACAACUUCUGCUUUUAGUGGAAAAAAUGUUGAUGCUUCUGACAAUGUAGCCUUUGAGGCAGUUAUUGCCUCUAUUGAGCCUUCCAAGAAAGACAGUACAGUAGAUGAAACCCAAACUGACAUCAGUAAGUCUUUAGUAAAUGAUAGCCAAGAACGUGAGCCAAAAAAUCCACAUCUUUCCCUAUUAAAUUAUAAUGAUGAAAGCUCUUUCUUUGAUAAGCUUAGUGAACCUGGUUAUCAGUCCACUCCUGGGGUAUUUGAAUUAGCAGCUUCAAAACCAUUAUUGCAUAAAAAAGAUAAUGGUAAUAGUUCCCUGUAUUGGCAUCCUAAUUUAAAGUCACUCCCCAAUGCUCCUCAGGAAAUGUUCAUUAAGCCACUUUCUCUUAUUCCAGAGCAUAAGUCAUCUGCGUCUUUAAGUGAAAAAUCUCACACCCAUGCUGCUGGUGUUGGCAAAGCACAGUCAGCUUUAUUUCAGUGUGAUUUAGACAAUGAACCAUUUCUUCCCAUUGGUAAUAUGGAGUCUGUUCCUGCUCUUGACAUUACAGAGAAGGUAGGAUCUUCACACAUUUUUCAGCCAAUGAAAGUAUGGACUUCAAAUUCUUUGGUCUUACAAGAUUUAAAACAGCAAAGCUUUGAAGAAGUUGCAGAUUCCUCAAAGUAUAUUUUGGAGGGGCUGCAGGUGAAGUCUGAAUCUGACAUCUAUACUCUGGAUGAUGGUACUGAAUCCUGUAGCGUAGAUGAAAAUGCUGUUGAACGCAGUACAAGAGUUGCUGAUCUACAAAGAGAGGUAGAUCAUUCUAAUAUGGACAUUAAUCAGUCUUUUUCAUCUGUAUUGCCUCCGUUUAUUCCUCAUGAGCCGACCAGAGAGUUGGAGUAUCACUCUUCAGAUCUCAGAAUGUUGAGGGUAUCUCCUGACACUGUGCAAAAGACUCGCAAACAGUUAGGAGAUACUUCUGAAGGAGGCACAGCUAAAAUUGCUCAAUCCAGCUUAAAACCAGGCAUCACUACUGCUCCUGGAGAUUCAGAUAUUGGAUCUCAUUUAUCUUUGUUCCCUGAGGGAUUUCCUCAGUUGGCUUUAAGGUCUCCUCAAGAGAAUACUGUUGGUCCACAUACUGAUACACUCAACCAACAAGCAUUGGAUAGUCAUAUAACUGAGAAGACUCUAAAAGUUUCAACUCUUCCUGAGCUAGCUGACCAGAAGAGUGGGAUAACAGGACCCGCUAGUUCCUGCUCACAAAGAGGGAAGUCUGAUAUUUUUUACUUACAUGACUUGCCAGAUAGUCACCUAACUGAAGGGGCUCCAAAAGUUUUGGCUGUUCCAGGACCUGCUGACCAGAAGACUGGCCUACCUACAGUCUUUCCAAGUGCUGACUCACUUGGAGAGAAGCACAGUAUUUUCUACUCACAAGCCUUGCCAGACAGUUAUCUCACUGAAGAGGCUCUGAAAGUUUCAGCUGUUCCUGGAUCUGCUGACCAGAGGACUGAAGAAACAACAGUUCCUCCUUCUUCCUAUAUACAAAGAGAAAACUACGUUAAUUUUUCCCAGCAGCAGUUGUCAGACACUCAUCUAACUGAACAGGCCUUGAAAGUUUCUGUUGUUUCUGGACCAGUUGAUGAAAACACUGGGAUACCUACAUUACCUUCAAUUUCCUACUCACUUGGAGAGAAGCCCAGUAUCUUUUACCAGCAGCCCUUGCCAGAUAAUCAUUUAAUUGAACAGGCUCAGAAAGUUUCAUCUGUUCCUGGACCAGUUGAUCUAGGUACCCAGUUGCCUAGGGUACCGGCAGCAUCCUCUACGUACUACUCGUAUGGUGAAAGGCCCCAAAUUUUUUAUCAACAGACAGUGCCAGAAAGUCAUCUACCUGAAGAGGCUCUGAAAUUUUCAGCUGCUCCUGGAUCUACUGAGCAGAAGACUGGGAUACCAACGGUCACCUCUACUCCCUGUUCCCAUAGAGAGAAGCCCAGUCUUUUUUGCCAACAGGAGUUGCCAGAUAGUUCUCUAACUGAACAGGCUCAGAAAGUUUCACCUGUUGCUGGACCUGCUGAGCAGAAGACUGGGAUACCAACGGUCACCUCUUCUUCCUAUUCACAUAGAGAAAAGCCUAAUAGUUUCUGCCAACAGGAGUUGCCAGAUAGUCCUCUAACUGAACAGGCUCAGAAAGUUUCACCUGUUGCUGGACCUGCUGAGCAGAAGACUGGGAUACCAACCAUAACCUCUACUUCCUAUUCACAUGGAGAGAAGCCCAAUAUUUUCUGCCAACAAGAGUUGCCAGAUAGUCCUGUAACUGCACAGGCUCUGAAAUUUUCAGCUGCUCCUGGAUCUACGGAGCAGAAGACUGGGAUACCACUCGUAACCUCUACUUCCUAUUCACAUGGAGAGAAGCCCAAUAUUUUCUAUCAACAAGAGUUGCCAGAUAGUCCUCUAACUGAACAGGCUCAGAAAGUUUCACCUGCUUCUGGAUUUGCUGAGCAGAAGACUGGGAUACCACCCGUAACCUCUACUUCCUAUUCACUUAGGGAGAAACCCUGUCUUUUCUACCAACAAGAGUUGCCAGAUAAUCCUCUAAGUGAACAGGCCCAGAAACUUCCAGGUAUUCCUGGACCAGAUGACCAGAACACUGGGAUAUCAAUAGGGAUUUCUAGGCCCUACUCACUUGGAGAGCAGCCUAAUAUUUUCUCCCAGCAGGUGUUACCAGAUAGUCAUCUAACUGAUGAGACUCUGAAAGUUUCAUCUCCUCCUAUACCAGGUGACCCAAAGACUGGGAUACCAACAGUACCUUCUAGUUCUUACUCACGUAGGGAGAAGUCCAGUAUUUUCUACCAACAGGUCUUACCAGACUGUCAUCUAUCUGAAAAGCCUCUGAAAGUUUCAGUUGCUACUGGACCAGUUGAAAUAAAGAGUGGGUUACCAUCAGAAGCCUCUAAUUUUUACACAGAGAGAGAGACCAGUAUUUUCUACCAACAAGAGUUGCCAGACGGUCAUCUAACUGAACAGGCUCAGAAGGUUUCACCUGUUCCUGGACCUGCUGACCAGGAGACUGAGAUAUCCACACUAACUUCUACUUCGUUCUCACAUAUAGAAAAGCCCUUUAUUUUCUAUCCACAGGGCUUGCCAGACAGUCAUCUACCUCAAGAAGCUCUAAAAGCUACAGCUGUUUCUGAACCAGCUGACAAGACCGGAAUACCAGUAGUUCCCUCCACUUCCUACUCACAGAGAGAGAAGCCCAUUAUUUUCUACCCGCAGGCCAUACCAGAUAUUCACCUCACUGAAGAGGCUCUGAAAGAUUCACCCAUAUCUGGAUCAGCUGACUGGAAGACUGGAAUACCAACAGUAUCCUCUACUUCCUGCUCACAUAGAGAGGAGCCUAUUUGUUUUUCCCCACAGAACUUGGCAGGCAGUCAACUAGUUGAAGAGGCUCUGAAAGUUUCAGUUCUUCGUGGACCAGCUGAACAGAAGACUGAGUUACCAUCAGAACCUUUUAGUUCCUACUCACAUGGAGAGAAGCCCAUUAUCUUCUACCCACAGAGCUUGACAGACAGACAGUUGGCUCAGGAGUCUCUUAAUGGUUCAGCUAUUCCUGGACCAGCUGACCAGAAGACUGGGCUGCCAUCAGAACCUUCUAGAUCCUCCUCACAUAGAGAGAAGCCCAUUAUUGUCUACUCACAGGGUUUGACAGACAGCCAGGUACCUCAGGAGGCUCUGAAAGUUUCAGCUGUUCCUGGACCAGCUGACCAGAAGACUGGGUUGCCAUUAAAACCUUCUAGUUCCUACUCACUUGGAAGGAAAUCUGUUUUUUUCCACCAGCAGGCCUCAUCAGAUAGACAUCUCACGGACGAGGCUCUUAAUAUUUCAGCUUCUCCUGGACCAGCAGACCAAGAGACUGGGAUAUCAACAGUACCUUCUAUCUCAUACUCUGAUUUAAAGAAGCCAAGUAUUUUGUACCAACAGCCUUUGUCAGACAAUCAGCUGGCUGUAGAAGUUCUGGAAGUUUCAGCUGUUUCUGGUCCAGGUGACCAGAAGACCAGAAAACCAACAGUUACCUCUACUUCUUACUCACAUACAGAGAAUCCUGUCAUUUCUUAUCAGCAAGAAUCGCUAAAUCUUACUCAAGAGGCUUUAAAAGUUUUAGAGGUUCCUGGACUAGGUGACCAGAAGACUGGAAUACCAGCAGUAACCUCUACUUUUUACUCAUAUAGAGAGAAGCCCAUCAUUUCUUCCCAGCAGGAGUUGCCAGAUCCUAAUGAAGGUGCUUUAAGAGUUUUAGGCACUCCUGGGCCAGCUGAUCAGAAGACUGGGGUACGAAUUGGGCCCUCCACGUCCUAUUCACAUAGAGAGAGCCCUAUCUUUUCUUACCAGGAGUCGUCGUCAGAUAUUACUGAAGAAACUUGGAAAGUUUCACCUGUUUCUGGACCAGCUAACCAGAAGACUGAGAUACAUAAAAUCCCCUCUAGUUCCUACUCAUACAGAGAGAAGGGCAGUAUUUUUUACCAGCAGGAGUCUCCAGAUGUUACUGAAAAAACUUUAAAAGUUUUUGCUCUUCCUGGACCUGUUGACCAGAAGACUGAAAUACCAACAGGACCUUCUAGCUCUUACUCACAUAAGGAGAAACUCAAGAUUUCACCAGCGAUUUUACCAGAUGUCCAGAAGACUGAGGUUCUAACAGCUCCCCCUAGUUCCUACUCACAAAGAGAAAAGCCCAGAAUUUCAACUGUGACUGGAUCAGAUUACCAGGAGACUCCAUUACUGACAGUUUUUCAUAAUUCCUAUGCUCAGAGAGUAAAGCCCACUCUUUUACUUCAACAGCAGUUGCCAAAUAGAUAUCAAAGUGAAGAUAUUCUGAAGAUUUCACCCGUCCCUGAACCAACUGAUGUGAAAUCUGGGAUACCAAUACCUCUUUCUAGUUCCUCUUCCCACAGAGAGAAAUCUAGUAUUUUCUACCCACAGGAAUUGCCAGACAAACAUUUAGCUGAAGAUGCACUGAAGGUCUCAACAGUUCCUGUACCAGCUAACCAGAAAAGUCUGUUACCAACAGCUCCUCCUAGUUCCUUUUCACACAGAGAAAAAGCAAAUAUAUUCUACCAACAGGAUUUUCCAGAUAGACCUCUACCUGAAGAUGCUGUGAUGUUUUCAAGUGGUUUUGGGCAAACUGAUCAAAUUAAUGGGUUAUCAACAGUUACCCCUGGUACUUAUUCACAUAGUGAGAAACAGAAACUUGUUUCAGACCAUGUUCAAAUGCUAAUAGAUAAUUUGGAUUCUCCUAACUCCAGUAUUAUCUCAAGCAGUAUGCCUUUAAGUUCUCAGGCUAAUGGUAGAGUUAUAAUAAGUAAGCCAGAAUCUUUAGGUGUUGAAGAUGUUCGCUCUGAGGAAAUUCAAGAUACGAGCAGUAGUUCCAAAACUCUUAAAGAGAUUCGGACCCUUUUAAUGGAGGCAGAAAACAUAGCACUGAAACGAUGCCAUUUUCCUGCUCCUCUUGUCCCUUUCCGAGAUGUUAAUGAUGUUUCAUUAACACGGUCUAAGAAGAUGGUUUGCUUCAAAGAACCCCUCACAGCUUCUGAAUUUAAUAGUGAUUUGCCUCAGAGACAGCCAUUUACAGAGCAAAAUCCAAACAACAAGUGCAUACAGAAAGAUAGUAGCACGCAGACAAAUCUGAAAAGCCAGAGAGGCAUUGAGAAUUGGGAGUUUAUUAGUUCAACCACAGUUAGAAAUCCUCUACGAGAAGCAGAAAGCAAAGCCAGAGUGAAGUUAGAUGAAACCCUUCAACAAUAUACAGCAGCCAAAUCUGUAAUGAGAUCUGAACCUGAAGGAUACAGUGGAACUAUUGAGAAUAAAAUUGUUAUCCCUAUGAUGACUAUCAUUAAAAGUGAUUCAAGUAGUGAUGCCAGUUCCUGCUCAUGGGACAGUAAUUCCUUGGAGUCAGUUUCUGAUGUUCUUCUAAACUUCUUUCCAUAUGCUUCGUCCAAGACAAGCUUGACAGAUAGCAGAGAAGAAGAAGGUGUGUCAGAGAGUGAUGAUUGUGGUGAUAGCAGUGUAGAUUCACUGGCCGCACAUGUCAAAAACCUUCUCAAGUGUGAAUCCGCAUUGAAUCAUGCUAAACAAAUACUCAGAAAUGCAGAAGAAGAGGAAUGUCGAGUACGAGCACGAGCCUGGAAUCUGAAAUUUAAUCUGGCUCGUGAGUGUGGCUACUCCAUUUCAGAAUUAAAUGAAGCUGACAGGAGAAAAGUAGAAGAGAUCAAAGCAGAGUUGUUCAGUCGUGGGAGAACAACUGAAUUGUCCAAGGGUUUACAGAGUCCACGGGGAAUAAGAUGCAAUCCAGAAGCUGUAUGUAGUCACAUUAUUAUUGAAAGCCAUGAAAAAGGAUGUUUCAGGACGCUAAGUGCCGAACAACCACAGUUGGAUAGCCAUCCUUAUGUUUUCAGAUCUGCUGACCCCUCAGACGUUAUCAGAGGACAACGGAGUCCAUCAUCAUGGAGAACCAGACACAUCAACCUUUCCAAAUCAUUAGACCAGAGGAACCCCCAUGUCAAAGUUUGGAAUUCCUUGCAGUUACGAAGUCCUUCCCCAUUUCAAAACUUUACCGCCGAUGACUUCAGAAUUAGCCAGGGUCUUCAAUUACCAUUCCGUGAAAAGACAGCCCCUUGGCUAUCAGAAUUAGUAGAACCUGCUUAUGUGCCACCCGAAGAAAUGGAUUGUCAUUCUUCAUCACAAAUGCUGCCCCCAGAACCCAUGAAAAAAUUUACUACUUCCAUCACUUUUGCAUCUCACCGACACUCUAAAUGCUUUUCAGAUUCCUCUGUUCUUAAGGUUGGUGUUACUGAAGGUAGCCAGUGUACUGGAGCAUCUGUGGGAGUAUUUAAUUCUCAUUUCACUGAAGAACAAAAUCCUCCCAGAGAUCUAGAACAGAAAACCUCUUCCCCUUCAUCAUUUAAAAUUGUUAGUCAUUCACCAGAUAAUGCUGUGACUAUUUUAGCAGAAAGUAGUGGCCAAAGUCAAAAAUUAUCAAUUGAACAUUCUCAGCAAAAAGAAAAACUCUUAGAAAGAUCAGAUAUUAAAGGCAAUGAUUCUGAGCCCAGUACCAGUGCACAGUAUAACAGUGUCAAGGAAGUUCAUUUUGCUGAUAACCAUACCCUCAUUAGCAUGAGCAGACCAAGUUCCACACUAGGAGUAAAAGAGAAGACUGUAACUAUAACUCCAGAUCUUUCUUCGCGCAUUUUUCUUGAACAACAAGAGCUCUUUGAACAAAGCAAAUCCCCACAUGCAGGUCACCAUGUGAGAAAAUACCAUUCUCCCCCUCCUCAACAUCAGGAUUAUGUAGCUCCAGACCUUCCUUGUCAUAUUUUUCUUGAAAAACGGGAACUCUUUAAACAAAGCAAAGCCCCGCAUGUAGAUCAUCAGAGAGAAAACCAGUCUCCCUUUCCUCAAGGUCAGAAUUAUAUAGCUUCAGACCUUCCUUCUUCCAUUUUUCUUGAACAACGUCAGCUCUUUGAACAAAGCAAAGCCCCAGAUGUAGAUCACAUGGGAAAAUACCGUUCCUCCUUUCCUCAAGGUCAGGAUUAUGUAGUCGAAAAGAAUAAUCAACAUAAAUUUAAAUCAUACAUUUCUAAUAUGAUAAAUGUUGAAGCCAAGUUCGAUUCUGUCAUCUCCCAACCAGUCCCAAAUCAGUGUACAUUAGUAACAUCUGCAUCCACUCCACCCUCAAAUAGAAAAGCACUUUCUUGUGUUCGUAUAACUCUUUAUCCCAAGACUCCUUCCAAGUUGGAUAGUGGAACCUUAGAUAAAGAAUUGCAUUCAUUGGAUCCUGCUUCUAAAACGAGGAUGAAUAGUGAGUUUAACUCUGACCUACAAACUAUAUCUUCAAGAUCAUUGGAACCAACCUCCAAAUUAUUGACCAGUAAAGCUGUAGCACAGAAUCAAGAAUCUUUAGGUUUUCUAGGACUUAAAUCUUCACCGGACUUCCAAGUCUUACAGUCUCCUCUUCCAGAUAGUAAUACUGUUUCUCAGGACUUGAAAACCACACCUUUUCAGAAUAGCCAGAUAGUAACCUCAAGGCAAACACAAGUGAACAUUUCCGAUUUGGAAGGAUAUUCCAGUCCAGAAGGGACUCCGGUAUCUGCAGAUCGAUCAUCAGAGGAGAUUAAGAUCCCAUUUUCUGCCUUUUCUGCAAAACCAUCAUCCGAUGCAGUCACUCAGAUAACCACAGAAAGUCCAGGAAAAACCCUGUUUUCGUCUGAAAUUUUUAUUAAUCCUGAAGAUCGUGGAUUUGAAAUUCCAGAGCCCAGUACCCAGAAGCUAGACAAGGUUCCUGCUAAGUUUGUUUCAUCAUCUCCAGUCCAACAGAUUCCUCAUCCUCGUGGCACUGAUGCCCAGCCUUCACUGUUGCCAUAUAAGCCUCCUGGUAGUACCCGGAUGUACUAUGUUCCACAAUUAGGAAGAAUUCCCUCAUCUCUGGAUUCCAGAUCAGAUACCACCAUUGAGAGUUCUCACUCAGGAUCCAAUGAUGCCGUUGCUCCGGACUUCCCAGCGGAGGUGCUCGGCACCAGAGAUGAUGAUGUGUCACUCCCUGCGAACACUAAACAUACAGAGGGGAUCUACAGUAAGAGGGUGGUGGCCAAGCCGUCCUCCUCGGUGGGGAAAAAGCCGCCUCAGAAAGAUAAUGCCGAUGCCGAAGUUCAAGUUUCCAUCAGUGGGGAUGAGAACCUUUCAGACAAAAAACAGAAAAAGGAGAUCUACAGUAAAAAGUCAGUGACGAAGGCUGCCACACCUGAAGAGAAAGAAUUCUUGGAGAAAGCCGCUGCAGGUUCCAGCGGUGCUGCUGCUGCAGAGCCCUCAGCUCCACUACAAGACAUAAAGAUUGAAAGUCUACCAGACACUGAAGCCAUUAAACAGAAAGAGGAGAUCCAUAGUGAGGAGACAGUUCCUAAGGAAGCCUGGACAGAAGAACAAGAAUCCUUUCAGAUAGAUAUGGCAGAGCCCAGACGUCAUUCAGAAUUUGAAGAUACUACCCAUUCUGUCUUCAGGUCAGCCAAGUUUUACUUUCAUCAUCCAGUGCAUCUACCAAGUGAUCAAGAUGUUGGCCAUGAAUCCUUAGGGAGGAGUGUUUUCACGAGGCGUUCUUGGAAAGAUUUCUUUCAGCAUCAUCCAGACAAACAAAGAGAACACACUUGUCUUCCUUCCCCUCAUGAAAAUGUGGAAAAGACCAAGGCAGAUUAUACCAGAAUAGAGAGCCUUAGUAUCAAUCUAAACUUGGAAAACAAAGAAGUGACGCAUUCAGCUAAAAGUCAGGCUACAGAUUUUCCAAAAGGUGACAGACAAAUUAAUGAUCCAAAAAGGGAUCAUAAAUUCACCUCAGAGCUAACAACUCAGCACACUGUGAGUUUGAAUCAACUCUGGAACAAGUAUCAGCAGCGACAGAAACAAAAGAAACCUCCCGAGCUCAGUGACAGAAAAGAACUGUCCUUGGUGGAGCGACUUGACCGUUUGGCUAAACUUCUUCAGAAUCCCAUCACAUACUCUCUCUGGACCUCUGAAAGCACACAGGAUGAUAGCAGAGGGGAACGGGAUAUUAAGCAACAGCAGAAAAUCAAGCUUCAGAAAAAGAAGAGGUAUAAGAGCCUAGAGAAAUGCCAUAAAAACACAGGAGAUCUUAAAAAAAGCAAGGCGCUUUCUACUCAUCAAGCCAAGAAGCCCAAUCAGGUUAAAAUUGAACAGAUUAAAUUUGAUAAGUAUAUCCUGAGAAAACAGCCAGAUUUUCAUUACAUAAACAACACUUCCUCAGAUUCUAGGCCGUCUGAGGACAGUGAGCUGCUCACAGACACCGCCACCAACAUCCUUUCCUCCACCAGUUCUCCUGGGGAAUCUGAUAUCUUGACCCAAACAGAUAAAGAGGUGACUUUGCAGGAGAGGAGCAGCUCUCUGUCCACCAUCGACACUGCCCGACUGAUCCAAGCUUUUGGCCAUGAGAAAGUUUGCCUGUCACCCAGGCAAAUUAAAUUAUACAGCAACAUUACUGACCACCAGAGAAGAUCCCUUGAGAGGCGGAGCAAGAAGAAUAAGAAAGCAUUGAAUAUAGGUCGUCCCCAAACGACUUCUGAGCACACCAAAAGGAAACACAUCCAGGUGGCAAAUCAUGUGAUUUCUUCUGAUUCUGUUUCAUCUUCCACCAGUAGUUUCUGGAGCUCAAGCCCCACCCUUUGCAACAAACAAAAUAUACAUACGUUAAACAAGGGCGUACAAGCAGGUAACUUGGAGAUCGUGAAUGGUGUCAAAAAACACACCCGAGAUGUUGGGAUGACUUUCCCAACUCCAAGCUCUAGCAAGGCUAGAGUAGAAGAGUACAGUGAUGUGACUUCUUGGUCAGAAGAAAAACUAGAAGAGAAAAAUCACACCAUCUAUCUUGGGGACAAAAAGUUAAAGAAGAACAAACAGAGUUACAGUGAAGGAGUUUCAUGGUUUGUUCCUGUGGAAAAUGUGAAGUCUGGUCCUAAGAAGGAGAACCUGCCCAAACUUCAUGGCCCUGGUAUUUGCUGGUUUGCACCAAUAACCAACACCAAACCAUGGAGGGAGCCACUGCGGGAACAGAACUGGCAGGAACAGCACACAGACACCCACGGGUCACUAGCAGGCCCAGGCAGAGAUCCACCGAAGCCAUUUGUGAAGGCAACGCUACAGGAAUCUCUUCAGCUUCACAGACCUGACUUCAUCUCCCGCUCUGGGGAGCGAAUAAAGCGUCUGAAGUUAAUAGUCCAGGAGAGGAAGCUACAGAACAUGUUACAGAGUGAGCGGGAGGCCCUGUUCAACACUGUGAGAGAAUGGCAGGGCUGCCAGGAGCCCAUGCGCCGGCUCCCGAAGAGAGGCUUCCUGGAUGCCCAAAAGAAUAGACCUAUUGGAAAGAAGGAAAUGAUUCAGAGGUCUAAACGGAUUUAUGAGCAGCUCCCAGAAGUGCAGAGAAAGAAAGAAGAAGAGAAGAGGAGAUUGGAAUACAAGUCAUACCGGCUACGAGCUCAACUAUUCAAGAAGAGGACUCUGAAAGUCAGAAUCCAAAAGACAAGUUUAUGCCGAUGUGGGAUUGGAGAACUGCUUCCGGAGCACACCCGGAGCUGGGCGGGGCCGGGCCCAUCAAGGAGGGGCCCCCAGGCACCACAUGGCCCGGCCAGUGUGUCCGCGUCACAGGCCAGGCCUCUCUUUGUGCUUGUAUGUUUGAACUGAUAAAUGAAUGAGUCUAUCCAAA